CUUCUUGUAGCACAGUGAGCAGAGGCCGCCAUAGUCCCCAUCAUCUUCAACAUUAUCAUCCAUCGUCCAUGUCGCAUUAGAUUACCUUCAAUCCCAGAGAGAGAGAGAGAGGGAGAGGGAGAGAGAGAGGGAGAGAUGCCGCGGAGCAGGUUUUCGGGUGCAUUCGCAUCUCCAAGUGUCGAUGUCAUCAUCGACAUGGGCAACCCUUUCCUCAAUCGCACCGUUGAUGGCUUCCUCAAGAUUGGAACCGUUGGAGCUUCGAGAGUUGCAGCAGAAGAAACCUAUCACUGCAUUCGAAAAGGUGAGGGAGAUGAUACAGUGAAGGUAGAACCAUCUCUCCACAGUCACAGUGGACAUGGGAGCAUUUCAAGCCACAAAGUCGAGCAAACUCUAAAGAAGAUGUGCAAGGAAGGUGCUUAUUGGGGCACUGUAGCUGGAGUAUAUGUGGGAAUGGAGUAUGGAAUGGAAAGAGUCCGUGGCACUAGAGACUGGAAGAAUGCGUUGCUUGGGGGGGCGAUAACCGGGGCAUUGAUAUCUGCAGCCAGCAGUAACCAUGGGGACAAGGUGAUUGUGGAUGCCAUCACAGGCGGUGCCAUAGCUACUGCUGCCGAGUUCCUCAACUACCUCACCUGAGCAGAAGCAAAGAUCAUAAAACAACCAGUACUAUGUUUGCAUACUGUAAGAAAUAAUGUACUCGUCUUUAUCAUCAUGGGUAUCUGUUAAAUAAAUGCUAUUUAUCUGUUA